AUGCUGGAUGGUUCAGAUAGUUUUAGUGGAUUUCCUUCUCUUCAGAGUGGGAGUUGGAGUGCACUGAUGCAGUCUGCUGUAGCUGAAACUUCUAGUAGUGAAGUGGGUAUACAAGAGGAAUGGAGUGGUCUAAGUUCUAGGAACACUGAACGGUCAUUUCCAAAAGAAGGACCUUCACCCAUUGAUAGCAAUAAACAACAAGCAGUUUGGCCUGAUAAUAAUUUGCAGUCAGCCCCCAAUAUAAACUCAAUGCCUUUAAUUCGUCAAGAUGAUCUUAGCAGGCCCAGUUCUACUGUAAACUUUUCUGGUCUUCCUGGAUUUCAUCAGCCAGGUGCUGAUACUGCACAAGAAUCAAAUGCAACCAGUUCAGCCCUGUAUCAAUUAACAAAAUUGGCUUAG